AUGGAAGAAUUACUGGCUCCCGCUCGACUAGUUCGAAGAUCAAUGGUAGUCAAGGUGAUCAAGGCGAAUGGCGAAAGAUCUAAAACGGCAUCGGAUAGAUAUAUUCUCUGGCAUAUCUUGUUGGUCCUUGUUUAUGAAGGAUUUAGUAGCGACCUUUGCCGGAAAAAUGCAAUUGAAAUUGAAACAUCCAAUGGAUAUAACUCACUCAGCAAACUUUUGAAUGCUGCAAUCAACUACAGUGUGUUGAAUAGGAGAGGUCCGGCUGCAUGCUCAUUGCUUCGACAUUGCACUACAGCCAAUGGAGCCUUCAAUCUCCAUGAGGACGAUAACUUGGCAUCAUACUUCUCUGAGGUUUAUAAUCGAGAAUGGACGAUUUUACAACAGCCAUUCCCUGGUAUCGACGAUUACGUAUUCGAGGACUCUUUAUCCCAAAGUGACUGGCACAUCGAGAAGGGCGCAAACGUGGACUGCGAGAAGCUGCUCAGAGGACUACGAGCCUGUGCUGAGUGCGCCUCGAAGCUGCGCACGACUAACUUGGAGCGAAUUUCGAAGACCACCAAGGAAUUGUUGGAAAGAAGAAAGACUUUGAAGAUUGAUCCGAAUGCAUGGCACAUUGAGCCGUUGGUAGCAAACACUAGCUGCAGAAAAGCAUUGCAGGAGGAUCUUUCGAAAUACAGGCAGAAGAAGAUUCUGGAAGCAGCGACAAGACGAUACUAUAUCGCGGAUGCUUUGCAGUGGAUAAUGAAGUCACUCCCUUGGGAAGAAAGGGGCAUACGCGUUGAUGGAAGACUUCUCUCAAACCUUCGUUUUGCAGACGACAUCGUUCUUUUUUCGAGGAAUACCAAUGAAGCACAAACGGUGCUCAACCAAUUGAACGAAGCAGGGAAGAGAAUAUGA